AUGAUUGAUUUUGGAGCGUUUGAGAAAAUCAGUGGUCAUCCUGAAUCAAGUAGAUAUUUGAACAUUAAUGACAGAAAAAAUAAGCGAAAUUUUGAGAACAAAGAGAACAUUGAUUUAGGAAAUGAAUCACUACUAUCAUUAGAAGAGGAUAUUAAUACUUAG